AUGGCAAAUCUCACGGGGUACAAUAUUUUAAUAAGCUGUAUAGCAGCUAUUGGAGGUUACAGCUAUGGCUAUGGUGCAUCUGGAUUUGCUACCAGUAUUGGGCAGCCUGGCUUCUUUGAAUAUUUUGACCUGGAUCCUGGGAGUACAUAUACGGCUAAUAUUCUGGGGGCGAUCAACGCACUGUUCUACUUCGGCCUGGCUGUGGGUUCAGUGAUCACAGGCUGGCUGGCAGAUGUGAUCGGAAGAAAAAAAACCUUUGGACUAGCGGCGACCCUGGCCUUAAUUGGAUCGGCCCUUGUUACUGGAUCAGCCGCGAUUGCAAUGCUUAUUGUCGUCCGAAUCAUCCAAGGGAUUGGCCUGGGGAUGCUCCUCUGUGUGGUCCCUUUAUAUCUUACUGAGAUUGCCCCCCCGCAUCGGCGAGGAAUGAUUGCAGGCCUCACAACAGUGUCUUUUACCACAGGAUAUGGAAUUUGUGCAUGGGUAUCAGUCGGUACCUAUUACGCAAAGAGCCCAACAGUUCAGUGGAGGUUACCACUUGGGCUCACAUGUGUUGGGCCUGCACUAAUUUUGGCGGGGCUCUACUUUAUUCCUGAAUCGCCUCGUUAUUUGACUUUGAUUGGGAAGAACGAUGAAGCAUGGCAGGUGCUUCAAAAGAUUCAUCAUGAUCCUUAUGAUCCUGAAGACUCGGCUGCUCAUGCAGAGCAUAGCCAAAUCGUCCGGCAGAUUGCAUUUGACAAAGAGCUGGAUACUGGGUGGAUCCAAAUGUUGACGAAACCCUCGUGGAGGCGGAGGUGCCUCCUUGCAUUCUUCAUCCAAUUUGCUUCCCAGUCCGCCGGCAUAUUGGGUAUUGCGAACUUUAUCACGAUAAUUUUCAGUAACCUGGGAAUGACUGGAGUUAUGCCAUUACUCUUAUAUGCUAUUCUCACUACGGUCGGCGAAGCUGCUGUCAUUUUAUCUAUGUUCAUAAUUGACAGAGUUGGGCGCAGAACAUUAUUCUUGAUUGGAUUCCCACUUUCUGGCUGUGUUGUUCUUAUCGAAGCUCUAUUACAGUGGAAAUACCUUGAUUCUUCAAACGAGACAGGUCUUCGGGGAGCGGUAGCUAUGAUUUAUGUAUACUUUUUUGUCUUUUGUACUUGUGUUGAUGUAACUGCAUUUGUAUGGAUGUCAGAAAUCUUUCCCACUACAAUCCGGUCAAGAGGCAUCAGCAUUGGAUUCUUUGCCUACUUUGUAGGAGCCAUCACCUACACUACCCCAGCAGCUCUUCAGAUGAAGACCGUUAAGUAUAACAUCUUUUACCUCUACAUGGCUCUGUGCUUCGUUUCCACUGCAAUUAUCUACUUCUUCGUGCCUGAAACAAAGCAGAUCCCCAUAGAGGAGAUCGGAGCGUUGUUUGGCGAUGAGGUCGUGGUUCACCUUACUGAAGAUGGGCGCGCCAUUAAGGAGGACCUGACUACAAAACAGGGAACACAGGUUGUGGAAUCUCACUAUGAGGAGAAGGUAGCACUGAGUUAA